AUGAUGAUGCCGUUUGUUGCCAAGCCGCCUCAGCUUAAGUGUGUGUGGGAGGGGGAGGGGGAGAGAGGGGGAAGGGAGGGGGGAGACCAGGGCAGCUCCUGUGCAGAGAGGUCAUCUCAGCUCACCCUUCCAUCCCUGGAUCACUCCAGCCUCAGCACUACACACAGCUGGCCUUCGCCCACGCGCACUACCAGUACCACCCCCAGGCAGUGGAGGGCGGCUACCACCCCUGUAGCCUCCCAUCGCUCACCUGUCCCGGGCGAGUUCUAUAGUGAGGAACACGCCGUGCCGACGCCCCUCCCCCGGCUCCCUCCUCGCAGCUCUCCUCGCAGCUCUUGCAGCCUACUCGCAGCUCUCACCAGCUAUACUUCGCUGCUCUCCUCGAGCUUCCUCGGCAGCCUUCCUCGCAGAUCUCCUCGCAGCUCUCUCCGCAGCUCUCCUCGCAGCUCUCCGCGCAGCCUCUCCUGUCCCUCAGAGAUCACGCGUGGACCCGGAGGGGAGGUACCUCGGCAGCUCCCGGAGGGGAGGGCAGCUUCUAUAGCGGCAGCCUGGCCCCUCUUGCGCCCGGUGCCGCACACGCCACACCCGCUGAAGAGCCUUCGCAGUCCCCGCCAUUCCCCCGGGAGCCCACCCCUCUCCGAGAAACACGCCCUGCCCUGCAGCCCCUGCUCAACAGAGCGGUACGUGACCGAGACAGAGGACCCGAGACUGAAAUAA